AUGUCCCACUUUUACCCCACAGCCGAGUACGCCGAGGACCAACCUUUGGCGCGAACUAUUCUCGCCACCCAUGUCGCCAGCCGUGGCUUUCAGCUUGGUACAACGCUUGGCUUAAUAAGUUACACUAUUGAAUCUGCGUUCAAACGUCGAUCUAUGACCAUGCCUCUUCUCCUUCGGUCGGCGGGUGCCGGGAGCAUAAUCGGCGCCGGAUUAUCAACAGUGGGGAUGGUUGCCAGAAUGUGGGGUCGAGAGGAUAUUGAGUGGAGUGAUCGCAGUUGGCGACUGCGAUACAAUACAGGGCAGAUGGCAAUUGACAAUUGGAGUGAACCGGGAGCGAUCAUGGGAGCUCUUGCAGUAGCUUUCCGGAGGCCACUGGUAGCCAUGUCAGGGGGUUGGCGUGGAGUCGCUGGUGGGGCUGGCAUAGGAUCCUUGGUUGGAGUGAUUGGUUGUAUCUGUUUCACUGAGGGAUUUCAGCAUAAAAGUAAAUAA